AGUUAGGCGACUCGCUAUGUUUUGGAACACCGCCUUGUUCUCAUGAAUCCCCAUUGGUCAGACUAAAGCUGCUGCUGCCACAAUACUGCACACACGUGACCCAGGUUUUCUGUACACACACAGUAAAACACAGCAGGCACUUAAAAGCCAACGCCAUGGCGCUUUGACCACCAAUUUCACCCCAUAUCCAAACAAUCACUAUGAACCCUUUCCGUUGACAAACACGCACUAUCCUACGGCUAAUGGCGAGCGCGCUGCAGAUGAAGCCCUCCAGUCUGGAGCACACACGGAAGCGCGUAAUAGAUCCACGACGGAGACAAGCUGCACUCUCAUUCCUCAGCAACAUCUCUCUGGACGGACGACCCGUGCAGGAUGACGGGGAGAAUCAGACCGAAGACGAGGACAGCUCCGGGACUAGACAGAGCCUGGUUUCUGCAGUGGGCCAGCAGGCAUUGGCCGCAGCAGCGAACCAGGCUCUCAGCAGUGCCCGAGCUGCUGGUUUCAUGGCUGGGAUCACGGGUCCCAGCGCGGCCGCCGCCGCCGUCACUGCUACUCCUCCUCCGGCGUUCGAGGAGGAUGCGGAGGGGGAUGUGUGCGGUUCUCAGGUGCUCCAGUCCGUGUUCAGCUCCCCCUUUUCAGCAGUUCCGCCGGCUACGAGAGGGAGACUUCAGACGUACACUCAGGGAAUCCUGCCUGUGUCCUACUCCAGGCAGUCCAGCCAGAACUACUGCUGUCUGGAUGGAGGGCAGAUAGCCAAUUCUGCCCUGGAACUGCAGAGAUCCAGAGCUUAUUUGGCAGGAACACGAGCAUUCCUCAGCCCACGUUUCCACAGAUACAGGCGGAGACUAAUAUCCCAGCGUUCCUCACUGGAGACUCUGGAGGAUAUUGAGGAGAACGCCCCUCUACGAAGAUGCCGAACUUUAUCUGGUUCACCCCGACCAAAGAGCUUCAAGAAGGUCCACUUCAUCAAAAACAUAAGACAGCAUGAUAUGCGCAAUGGAAGGAUAGUCCUUAUCAGUGGCAGAAGAUCCUUCUAUAGUGUUUUUUCUGUCCUGCCCUAUCGAGAUUGUAGCCAAACAGGAGAUGUGAAGGCAGAAAGUGGACGCCAGCGACACCCCUCAGGUGGCAUGAGUGCCAAGGAGAUGGUGAUCGGCUUGGAGGGGGUUGAAUUGGGUGCAGAUGGCAAGACAGUGUCAUACACACAGUUCCUUUAUCCAACCAAUGUCCUGGGUCGUCGAAACACCAUCGACUCCACGUCGUCUUUCUCUCAGUUUCGCAAUGCCAGCCAUCGCAGCCUCAGCCUGGCACGUGCCAACAGUAACCAGAGUAGCCUUGAUACUGGGAAUGAACUGGGAGAUUUGAGGGAGUAUGACCCCAAUCUCCUGGAUGACCCUCAAUGGCCAUGUGGAAAGCACAAAAGAGUGCUUAUCUUUCCUUCAUACAUGACCACAGUCAUCGAGUAUGUCAAACCCUCUGAUCUCAAGAAGGACAUGAAUGAGACUUUCAAGGAGAAGUUUCCUCACAUUCGUCUAACACUGAGCAAGAUCAGAAGCCUGAAGAGAGAUAUCCGUAAACUAGCUCAGGAGGUGUGUGGCUAUGAGGAGUCCACGGUGGCCAUGGCCUUCGUUUACUUUGAGAAGCUGGUGCUGCAGGGUAAACUCAACAAACAGAACCGCAAACUCUGCGCAGGCGCCUGCGUCCUCCUCGCAGCCAAGAUCGGAGGAGACUUGAAGAAACACGAAGUCAAGCUUCUGAUUGAUAAACUGGAGGAGAGGUUUAGGGUGAACCGUCGAGAGCUAAUCGCCUUUGAGUUCCCCGUUCUCGUGGCUCUAGAGUUCAACCUGCAUCUUCCAGAGCAUGAAGUCAUGCCCCAUUACAGACGCCUUCUGCAGAACUCUUAGCGACAGCCCCAUCAGGGUAGUCCUCCUUCUCUCCUGAUCUUCUCACCCCAGAAACCCCCUAUGCACAUCCAACGUCCACUAUCAUCUCCAGAUGUUGAAAUAAAGACACUAUUCCACUGUUCUCUUUUCAGCCAAAGUGACAACUCUAUACUCCAAGAAGUUACUUUCUAAAGGGAGUACAUUUUCCUGGACUGUUGAUGUCUCAGUUUACUGAGGACAUUUUAAAGUGUUCGGCUGUUUUCCACUUAAAGAGUUGUAAGCGUUAAAGAAAUGGUAAACAAUCUGUCAUGAUUUGCUCAUCCCCAUUAUUCACUAUUUGUAUGCUGUUUUUCCCCCCUUGAAAUGCCAAAAGAAAACUUUUGAAGAAUCUUCAUGUUGUUCUUUUCCAUACAUUUACAGUGUUCAGUGACAAUGGCAGUCAAGCUCAGAAAACACAUCAUACAAUAACUUUUUUGUGCAGAAUAUUUUAAUUUCUGACGGAUGGUUCAUCCAAAAAUUCAAAUCAUUCCAAAUGUGUAUACAUUUCUAAGUUUUUGUCUAUACAAUGAAAGUCCACUGGGUCCAAGAAAUUGACAUUUUUCAAAAAUAUCAACUUGUGUUCCAAAGUGGUUUAUAGAGUAGAUGAUGACAGGAUUUUCAUUUGUGUAAAACAUCCCUUUAAACAUUAUUUACUGAAAUAAUCUCCCCCUUCACCAAAAUUGUGUUCCAUGAAAAAAGAACUGCAUUUCAGUGUGAAAAUUGCGUAAGACGAGUCGAGGUUGAGCAAAUCAUGAUGGAACUUUUAGUAAAUUUCUAUCAAGUUUGAUUUCUUUAGGUUACAGUAUUCCUGAAUUUUUUCCAUUCUUCUCCAUAUUUCCUUAACACUCUGCCAAAUCAGACUAAUUUCACUGCACUCUCAGUUGAAAGCCUUAAAAAAUAGUCGAAUGAUCCUGAACUCUGGCAAGUAUGUGACUGUUUCUUAUGUACGACAAGUGCACUUUUCAAGUCUUGUGAAUGGCAGACCUUUAUGGCAUCUGCAGAAGCUGUAGGUGGAGGGGUUUUCAUCUCAUUUCUCAUUUAAAUUCAUUUCAGCCAGCGGUCCCUCUGUUAGUGUGACCACCGAGCAAAAAUAUGUUGCAGACAGUUACAACGACAUCUGUUGUGGGACUUUUAUACAGUUCUUAAGAGGUACAUUUGCGUACCCCAUCGUUGUUUUUUUACCCUUGUGUGUUGACUUUGACAGUUUAGUGUGGUGUGGCUUGCUGCACUCAUGGUUACUGUGGUUGUGCUCUAUGUUAGAGUGGAUUCUGAGCACAUUUGUAGUGCUACACUUUAUGAAGCAACAUUUGGUCAUACUGCUGAUAAUCAACGCUAUUUUGCCGAGCUAGGCUCAACAGUGGCGGGAAUAUAAUCUGUAUGACUAAUAUGCUACGGUGUUGACUAAUGCAUGUACACCAAAGCAGUGUUAAACUUGCUUUUGACUUGUAAACACUUCUUUUUGAGAAUAUGUUUUGAUUUGAUGAUUGUUUUAAAUCUGUUUCCUCUGAACCAGAUAUUUUCUAUCACCAUUGGUGGUACAGUAUUGUGUGUAAGAUGAAUUUUAUCUCACAGUGCACGGACUGUGUUACUAUAUUCAUAAUCCCAUUUUUUUAUAUGUAAAGUGUAUAACGUUCACUAUGCACUACUCCUUUCCAUAAAUCAGUUGUAAAGAACAGUUAGAGAUUGAUGCGAAAUAAAAGCAGCUGAGAAGUAUCUAAUAGCUGGAGUUAAACUUUCUUUUAGAAGAGUAAUGGCAAACUUGCAUUUAACCAUUUAACUCUAAAAUAAAUAAUGCCUAGAAUGUGAAGAGUUAUAAAAGAACAAGAUUUGGCCUUGUCAAAUGCACUUUAGGAUUUGUUAGCAAGUAACUGGGAUGCCCAAAACAGAUGAAACAUUUGUGUAAAUAUGCUUCUUUGCUUGUUCAAUAAAAAGCUACAUUUUGAAUAUG